CCGCGUGAUCAUUGUUCGGCUGCGGCAGAUCGCGUGUUCAUUGAUCUACACGAUCUGUCCGUGAAUAUUAUGUCAGCGUCUCUUGAUUUAUUUAUAUCCGUUUAGUGGCGUCUACCGCUGGCAUGUAUACUUCUACCGAUGUGCGCUUAACGUGCUCGAUUAUUUCUCCUUGUUGUGCUUGUGCAUAAGCAGAUAGCUUGUUUCUUCGCUUAUUCGAAUCUAGCAUUGCAACUACUCUAUCCGCUGACAACUGAGCAACAGUCCUCCACAGCGUAAGCUGCAUUCGUAAUAAGUGAACUUUGCUUUUAAAGUAAGUUAAAAAUGCACCAACAACCAAAAGGUGAUUUAUUUUCGGCGUAACUUGGGAUUUAUUUACUGUCCUGGGCACCCUUGCACCCUUGCAGACCUGGGUCAUGGCUUUCAUGGUGUGGAGAAAUGUGCUGCAUUCUUACUCGGUUUCAAUGCCACAAUCAUUCUUAUUUUGGACAUUUACCGGUUUAAUUCAGGUUUCACACAGUGCCGAUCUUGCCGUUGAACCUGGAGAUGAUUUUUUACCUCCAGUUGAUGUUUUUGCCAACAAGAGCCUGACGACCGCGGACAGCAUCGUGCUGGAAUGGUUCAAGCCGUUUGAUACUCGCGUUCAAGGCUACCAAAUACUCUACCAACGCUACACUGCCGGCGCCUUCACGCCUCCACCGGAGCCGAAUAUUAUCAACAUAUUCAACGCCAACCUGACGAGCUUCACGGUUACAGGCCUGGACUCGGGCACGCAAUAUGCCUUCCGAAUGAAGAGUUUUGUGGAAGAUGUUGUCAGUGUGGAGAGUCCCGCGUCCGUCUAUUGCACUCGUCCACCCACGCCCAGCUUUAGCGUGCAGCCGCUGCCGGUGAAGCUGAUGUUGCAGAUUCAGCGGCCGUUGAAUGCCACGAAAUACUACCGGGUGCGCCUGCGGAACUUGGAUGUGACAGAUGAGCCGGUGCGUGAAAUCACCAUUCGCAACGACUCGCUGGUGGUCAACUAUUUAAUUGCGAUUGCGUAUCUGGGAGCGACGUACGAAAUCCGUGUAGCAGCUGCUGCUUGCGACGUACUCAGUGAAGAAGCGUCGCAAAUUGUCCAUUCGAUGCCUCCGACUGUAAUCUUUACUCGCCCUCCCGUCGAAGUUACCCAAACCUCGGUGAAAUUUCUCUUCCAAGCCGGCUGGAAAUCAAAACGAUGCAUGUUAACGAGGUUCGUCUUCGCUGCUGAAGGGAUUCCCUCUAAAUACGUCUUUCCGAACGAUGAAGACAUGCAUGUUGUGGAGUUUACCGGUCUGAUUCCGGGAGAAAUUACAAAAUCCUGGGAUGGAGCGAGCGAGGGGAAGUGCAGAGCGACAAGCGGUAUCUCAUGGUGCAGCUGAAGCCUAACAACGUCACUGCUCUCAUUGCUACAAAGAUCACCAGCCGCAGUAUUCGGAUUACGUGGGAACCGCCCUUGGGGACGUCGGGAAAUACGAGGUCGGUCGCAACGAUGAUCUGCCAAUUUCGACUAACGCAACAUCUUGGACUUUCUCGGACUUGUUGCCCUCUACGGUGUACACAGUAUUCGUGAAGGCCUGCAGUGAUAUCUACGGGCGCGAAUGCAGUGCCUCUCUGACGAGAUUUGUCACAACUUCGGAUGAUAAGAGGCAAAUCAAUUCAACAGUAGAGUACAAGGUGCUAACUUUGUCACCAAAGCGCAAUAACGGGCGUUCACCUAAUUACGUGCUUUCAUCGGCACAGUCGGUCACUCUACUGUUUGCUAACGCUGUAGUUAUUAUUUCUAUGUUUUUAUGCAAUUAAUCCACCUGAUGUCGCUCAUUGGUUAGUCACGCAUAAAGUAUAUAAGCGGCACAGCAGUGCUGGCGAGAAAAUGCGCUCCGUACAGUACGUAAUUCACUCGCCUGUUAAAUUUCCCGGUUUGUGCACUUUAUUG